UUCACAGAGAGAAAGUGAUGGCACCCUUCGAGAGAGAGAGAUGUACGACCGACAUCCUGCUGCGGUGUCUUCACCGGGAAACGAAUGUACUUUACACACCAAAACUCCAUCGACUCCGAGCUUUUGCACGUAUGCAAUUCCUAGACCAUUGACCUCUCACGAAAGACACCACGUACUCUCUCGCUCGUACCAUACGUCCCGAAUAUCUAUCUAUCUCUGCAUCGCUCGUGUGGCGAGUGCACGACAAUCUCGAGUUCCAGGCCUACGACAUGCCUUUUCUCCCGCCCCCAUGCAGUUUACUCUGCCCCUCGCCCCUUUUGUCCUCUGAUCCCGUCAUCCACAGACUGACACUGAAGUCAUCAUGAGACUUCGCCCCUAAUAUUCCAUGCCCGAGGACGACAGCGCCUGGCUCGAUGCGGCUCCUCUGCCCGUGAGCAGCGAAAUAAAUUAUGCGCUGAGCAAGUUUCGCAGUGCAAGCUCUGGAAGAAACAUUGUCCCUGACCGACAUCGGCCCCCACCGAAUUCCAAAGUGGACUGCGAGGUCACGAAGGUACCACGAGAGCAGAGGUUCUCAGGAUUUCGAAGGAGAGUCAGACUAUUCUCCGACGCCUCAGGAAUUUUUUUGGGCGGUGGCGUACCUGCCUCACUCUCGUUCGCAGUCUCCGUUCUGCGACCUGACCCCGGGCUCGGCCACAUGUUCUGGUAUAAAAACACUGGCAAUGGCGGCCACCAGUGUUUUAUAAUUGUUUUGGUGUGAAUAUCCAAGAUCCCGAACGGAAUGCAUCGCGGAAUCCGGCCUUUUCGAGACAGGUUGUGCCCUCAGUUUGACUUUGAGUAAAAACACCCAUGCUGAGUGAUCGGCUGCACGACGUAGAAUCUCGGGAGGUGCUGCGAGAGAAUGUAUGUUUGCAGCACGGAGUCAUGACAGGUGGUGGGAAACUACUCGAGUUGAAGAGGGUUCACAAGCUCUUCUCACUGUCUCUCUGCACGAGAAAUCAAUCAAGGACGAUUCGUGUCUGAAUGUUCCAUCCGUAAGAGACCAGAAAUUUCAACACCAGCUUCUUGGAAAGACAUGGGAUCCAAAUCGGUUGCUUCAGGAGCUGGCUUCAUGGUAAAUCCUUGGAUACAAUACAUUAAUGACACAUGUAGAGCAUAUACGCCUUACAUGCACUUCUCCUUCUAGUGUAGAAUCUCAAGUAGCUAAUAAAGAUGUACGUACGUUCUGCGGUAACAUCUGGUGCAAAGUCCAGAAGCAAAGCUGAAGGCAAGCUAUGCCACUGGUCUUGACAGUUUGGCAUGCACGGCAUGCCCAUUUUUCCACAGGAGAGUCCAGAUUAUCAUAAUCUGGAUAAAUCAGAGCUAGAAGUGAUCUAUCCCAUCAAAGAAGCUCCUCCCCUGGAUCAUGAAAUCGACAUCAAAAAGUGACCGUCACACUGGUAUGGGCAGCACCUCAUUGUGCAGAUCUCCGAAGUAGAUAUCCACUAGCGGUGCCGUGUUCCCACGACGAGAUUUUAAUUAUACAUUAAGAGAGUGCCCAUGUUGAGCAGACAGUUGCAGCGUGAUGGAAUAAAGAAAGUCUACGAGGUCUGAAGUUACUCGGCAUUU